AUGGUCUUACCUACGAAGAUUGGAGGGGAUCCGCGAAGAAGGGCUGGUUUGACGCACUUUGAGAACAGCUCUCAGGCCUUUGAGCGAGUGCAUGUGCUAUGGCCGGAAAGUGCAACAACUUUUGGAGUCCAUGACAGCAUAAGGCAGCACCGGUGGAAAGACUGCAGUGGAUUGUUGAGCAGUGUGAAGAAGUUGGGCAAGAACAAGCGAAAGAGGGAGACAGGGGAGGGCAGAGAGGAAGUAGCAGGAGGAACCGUUUGUAGGGAGGGGGUGCUGUUGCAGGAGGCAGAGGCUUGGAUGAAAGAAAAUGCUGCCCACUUGAACUCGCAGCAGCGACUGGUGUUGCAGAAGCAUGUGGAUCGUGCUGCGCAGGAGGCGCGAGAGGAGAGGACGGCAAAGAAGAGCAAGAGCCCGCCCUUGAUGCUGUUAGUGCACGGCGGGCCAGGCACGGGCAAGUCCGCCGUGAUUUUUGCGUUGAAAAAGUUUUACGUCGAUGUGAUGAAGUUCGAGAUUGGGGAGACACUGCACCACAUUGCCGGCAUCAAUCCAUAUCACUCGCAAGGUUCAGGUUCAGACAUGAGUCAGGAAGUGAAGCAGAAGGAGGUCAGUAGGAGGCUGGCAUUUGCGCGCCACUUGGUCAUAGAUGAAGUUUUUAUGCUUAGUGCGGGGUUCUUUGCAGAAGCGGAGGCGCAUAUCAGAGCAAAGGUGCCGCAGAAUAGUUUUUUUAGAGAAGCAGAGGACGGCAGUGUCCGAGGUUGGGGUGGCUUGAAUGUGACCAUGUUUGGAGAUGUGAGGCAGAUAGAUCCACCUGAAGGUAUUGCGUUGUAUACCGUGCCGCAAUCCUUUUUGACGCGGCCCCCGUCCACAGCUUUAACGCCUCUGGCUGCUCAAGGCCUGGAGUUAUUGUGGGGGCAAGGCGUGGAGUUGAUCGAAUUUCUGGAACAAGGACCCUUGGUGGCAGCAGGCGAGGGGGGCAGAGCACAGGGCGGGGUCUUGGAGGAGUUCCGUGUCAUGGAUGUUGCGGCGAACACUCAUGCGUUCUUGCAUGGUUUGGAGACGACAGUGCCGGGAUCUUAUUUGAAGGGGCAGCUUCUCUGUGGGAAUAUGAAUUGCAGGGGCUUGGAACAGAAGUGGCAAUUGCUCAAGCAGAAAGGUGCAUCCUGGGAACAAUGCCGAAGCUUGGAAUGUGCAGUGUGCUCGCUGGAACGUCAGAGUCGGUACAGAGUCUUGCAGGAGAGGGCCCCUAGUGCGUACGUGUUGGGGGACGCUCCUGUGGAUGCAGCACUGGCGCUGGAAGGCACUAGGAAUCCUCGAAUGGGUUUGCCAGAGCUGCUGGGCGGACGUGGUUUGACAAUCGAGGUGGUAGCAGAUGGCGAAGGAGAAGGGGUGCCUCCGCCAAGCUUCUUGCCCUUGCAGCAGCUGGCAGAGGUUGGCGAUUGUGCGUCAGUGAACAUCCAGGGAAGGGCAAAAAGUCGAUCUGCUGCUUGCAACCAAAAGCAGCAGAUUCGCCAACGUCUCCAUCUCGAGCUUCACGGCCAUCCGGCCGGGGGAGCAGCUGGAUCCCGAAGCUGUGGCCCUGCCUUCUCGGGUCAUCUUCGCCUUGUAAGUGGUCGAUGCAGCCCAAUGGCGGCUACCUGGGGCGUACGCUUCGGGAUGUGCCAAGGUGGAAAGAUUUCCUGUGGUUGCUUACAGCCCUUGAAAGCACCAGCUGCGGCCCGUCUGCGGGAGAGCCUGUGCAGAAGGUGCAUGCAGAAUUCAAGAAGAGAUGGAAGACGGGUGCCCUUCGGGGCAUCUUUGCCCUGUGAGUACUCACCUACGGCGGCCACCUGGGGCGUACGCUUCGGGAUGUGCCAAGGUGGAAAAUCUCACUGGUUUCCCACCUUCUUUGGAAGUGGAAAGAGUGGUGCUGGUCUCCUACCCCCUUUGAAAGCACCAGCCGCAGCAGAAGCUGGCCCAUACUUGCUUUGGCAUGUAGAAUUCAACUAUGGGUAA